CCUCAAACCCGUCCGUCACUACAGAAUCUUUUUGCAACCACCUGCGCAAACAAAGCCCAGUACAACAACACCGCUCAGCCGUCAUGACAGUGUCCUGCGCGACACGCUGAAAUACCCUUUUUUUCGUUUCUCCUUCUUUCAUAAUAAUAUCCGGCCGGCGGUAACCUGGUCUGCCUUACGCUGUACUUUCCAAGCCCCUUCUUCGCCCAUGUAUCCCUCCUCUUGAGAGCCCUUCAUUCUACGACGACGACAGCAUGGCUUCGUCAAUCACCCCGGCUCAGGCCGAGCUCAUCAGCUCGCUCGCGCCCGACGAUAUCCCGAUCAAGCUGCGAUGCGCCAUCUGCAGCAAGCUCGCCGUCAACGCCUUCCGUCUUCCCUGCUGCGAGCAAGCCAUUUGCGAGACUUGCCAAUCUUCCCUCCCGUCCUCUUGCCCGGUUUGCGAGCACUCGCCGGUGUCUGCCGAGGACUGCACGCCGCACAAGUCGUUGCGAACGACGAUCAAGGUCUUCCUUCGGACCCAGGAAAAGAAGCGCGAGGAAGCGCGGUCAAAGGACGCGAAGGAUUCGGCACCUCCUACCCCCGUCGACGCAAAGCCGAUCGUGCAGCAAGCUGCUCCCUCCGAGUCUGCGGCCGUCGAAACCCCAUCGCAGCCCGCAGUCGCGGCCAAAGCACAGCUCGAAAAUACAGGUUCUCAGGCUGCGCCAGCCGCGGACGCAAGCACAAAUGGGAGCGCCAAUGCCGACGCUGACGCAGCGGCGGCUCAGAACAGCAACGGUGCGCCUGACCACGACAAAGAGCCUACCCUCUCUAAGGGAGAGGAUGAUGAUGAUGAAAUCGUCAUCAUCACUGGCGACGAGAACGCGGCCACCGCAAGGCAAAACGCCGAUCAGCAGGAGGGUGACGCCAUGGAAAACAACGGUGCCGAAGGCGACGACGCGGAUGCGAACGAAAACGCCAACUUUAACGGGAUGAAUGGAAGCAACUUUUCCAAUAUGAACUUUAACGGCAACGGCGAUUUCAGCCAGAUGCAAAUGAUGAUGGCCAUGCAGAACGGCAUGGGGGCCAACUCGUUCGGCAACUUUCCUAUGAUGGGGAUGCCAGGAAUGGGUAUGGACCCAAUGGCGAUGCAGAACAUGUACAUGAACGGCGGCUAUGGUCCUCAAGGCAUGGGCAUGGGAGGCUUCGGCGGUGGUUUCGGCUCAGGCUCCAAUAACUGGAACGGGCAACAGUCAUGGAAUUUCGGCCAAGAUAAUUUCAAUUCUGCUAAUGCUGCUGGCAUGGGAUCUGGUGACUUUGGCAACUAUAACUCAGGAUUCCAGUCAGGGUACAAUCAAGGUAAUUACGGUCAUCAAUUCAAUGAUUACCGCCGCAACAACUACGGUAACCGUGGACGUGGACGAGGACGCGGCUUUUACGGCGGUGGCUACGGUCGAGGCGGAUACCAACAGUAUGGCGGCUACGGGGACCAAGGCCACAUGCAACAGCAACAGCAGUUUGGACCCAACACGCACGGCCAGGGGUCCGAUGAGGGAAGUCGAGCAACCGCCAACGUGGACGAGUUUGGCCGCGAGCGCAAGGACGACCAAGACGCAACCUCCAAUGCGGGAGUUGGCAACAACGACAAUAACGGAGAGGGUGGUCAAGGUCCCAAGCCCGUUGACGAGGACGGGAACGAACAGGGCCCUCGUGAUGCAUCAGAGCAUGGGAAGGCUGAGAACGGAUUACACAUGGCACAGGAUUCCGGUGACUACGCCGCGUACAACGGGAAUGGCAUGCCUGGAGGCUACGGGCCGUCGGGAUUUCCAAACCAGAAUCUGGGAUUUGCACCUGCAGCGCCUGAUGUUCCUAUAAAUGCCCCGACGGGUCCCAAGGCCAUGCGCCAGGGCCUGCCGAACACCAGCCUGCACACAUUGCGGGCGCGAGGAUACGUCAUCCCGGACGAAGGCGGUCGGCAGACGUCGGUCGACGGCGUGCAGAGCCCUACCGUGGAACAGCAACGAUCGCGAAGUAACUCUUCCGCGCCCAUCAAGGACCAGGACAAGAGCCGCCGUCGGGACGCGAGUCGAGAGCGCGAGAGGGAACCGGAUGUCAGGUCAGAAAGGGACUACGCGGGGCGAGAACGGGACCACUCACGCUCCCCAUCGCGCAGCAGGGAUCAGAGCCGAGAGCGCAAGAGCGACCGCGGCGACCGUGGCGACCGACACCGGACCCGUCGGCGCAGACGCUCCGAGUCACGAUCCAUCGACGACCGAGACGAUGAGCACCGUCGCAGGAAGCAUAAGAGCAGAAAGCACACCUCAUACAACGACGAAGAUGAAGUAAAGUCCCGGUCCAAAGAUGACGGUCAUGAGGAGAGGUCGAGGUCCGCGUCGCCCAGCGAUUCUAAGAGAUCCAGCCACCGGAGCCGCAGAGACCGCGACGAGAAACGGCGCGACCGGGAGAAGGACAAGUACCGAGAUGAGGACUAUGACGACUAUCACAGAAAGUCCAGCCACCGCUCACAUCGGGACAGAGAUCGCGACCGCGACCGAGAGUACGACCGUGACCGUGAUCGUGACCGUGACCGUGACCGCGACCGCAAGGACCGCGAACGUGAGAAGGACCGGAAGCGCGAUAAGCACAGGGAUCGAGAGCAUCGUCAUCGCAGUAGCCGCAAGCACUCGGCCGAGCCGCCCACGUCGGUCGAGAAAGACUUCAACCCGCCCACCGGCCCGCGAGGCAGCACAUCGGGGCUCGAGAUCAGAGGAGCGGGCUCGAAGCCUGGCCGAUCAUCCGACCGGCAAGAUGCGGGAAGACGGGACUCCCAGGCUUCGAUCAACAGCAAAUCCGCGGGCGGCGUCCCCACCAAGGACGCUCACGCCCUUGAGCGCGAGGCCAGGGACCGCGAGCGGCUGCUCAAGGAGACGCAGCGCAUGGCCGGGCUGGCGGGACUGGCGGGCGUCAAGCGCAGCAGAGACGACGUCAGCGGUGGCGGCGGCGGUGGCGGCGGCGGCGGCGGCGAUGAUGGAAAGCGCAGUCGGCGAAAGGGACGGCGCAGCGAGGCCAUCAGCAUGGAUGACGAAGAGGAGAGGAUGCGCAGAAUGGAGGCUGAGCGUGAGGGACACCGUUGGGGCUAGCAGCCCGGCGGCAGACUUGGGUUCGCCGACCCAGGGGCGAUAGAUGCCGUCGUCGGUAGGUUGGGCCGUCACAUUAUUCGCCCCAACAGACAUCGGCGAGCGGACAAUCGCACCGACCACUUUUGAGCGUGCGAUCUUGACUAUGCGCGGGCUCGUCAGGUUCCGUUUGAUAUCGGGCAGAAGCUUUCUUUCUUCCCCGACAGGUUCGAUGAGAAUCAAUGCCAGUAUGAAGAGCUGGGCGGUAUCUCUCCAUGAGCCAAGGGAAAAGAAGUGACCCGGUUGAGAGGGGCCGGGGGAGCAGUACCGGCAGUUUGUUGUGAUCAAACAAUGAGCAUCUCGGGCCAUCCCGGGCAUUUGACGAUCCAGUGCCCGGCGCAGCUCUUGGUAGAGUUUUAAUUGAACUCUCUAUUAUGACUU